AUGGUCGUCAAGCCCAACGGGACGAAUCGAGAAGGGGCGGUGCGCCCCGCCGGCGUCCCAGCCCCAAAGCGCCCCCUGCACGCCACAGGCGCCACCGGCCCCCGGGGCGGGUCUAGCUCUGACGCCGACCGGUACGGUCCAGAGGGGCCCCUGGGUCGUCACAAACCAUCCCACAAGCAUGGAUUCCCACCCACGGACACGCGCGGACUUGUUCAGCGGACUAACCCUAACCAUAUUUCAACCCUCUGGGCAAAAGGAGGCUGGGGCAAACCCGCAGGUGGGCCACCAGCUUGCUUGCCAGGAUCUAGCCGAGGUCUCGCACGGUGCCGGACAGUCAAACUCUCCCGCCUCGGGUCGGAAAUGUUUGGCAACACUGGGGACAAGACCCCUGGAGGUCCAGUAGUGCCCGCCAAGCCGAGGGCUUGA